GUCACUUGACAAAGGAGAGGGGAGGUUAUAAAAGAGAGCUUCUGGGUCACCAUCCAUUUUGAGAAGAGACCAGAAGCAGAGGAGGUUUGGACAGGAUAGCAGAAGGGUACUGACUGCAGAGGUCAGUGUCAGAGAGACUCCAUGGUUCAGAGGAGAAGGCAUGUGCAGGAACAGGGGAACCUGGACUUCUCAGAGGGCUCUGCCCAAGCUCAAAGAACUCUGCAGAGUGGUGAGGAAACAGAGGCAGGAACAUGCAUACAGCCAGUUUCGAUCGCUGGUUGCUACCCCUUGCCCUGCUGGAAGGGCAUUGAGCGGCACCCGUUUCCGGCCACCUGGGUGCAGAGAGCGAGGAGGGUGAAGGGAGGAGCAACCCCAAGCAUCUGUCAUUCAGCUCCAUCUGAUCUAGAGAUGGAGCGAAUAAGGCGGAUGCUGAGGAGGAAGGCCGGGCACGGGGCUCCAGAGCCGGCAGCAAACAUGAGGCAGCCUGCCCAGGAGGAGAGCGGCCCCUCUGUCCCCGCGGGCGGGGAAGAGGCUCGUGGCCAGCGGAAAGGGAGGAGCUGCUUCGCCUGCUGGAGGAGGCGGAAGACAGCAGCUCCUCUAGCUGACCCGGAGGCACCUUCUGGGCCGAAACGGAAGUGGCCCCGGGUUCAGCUGUGGAGCAGAGAGCCAGGGGAGGGCAGGAGCCGGGGACGGCAGCUCUGGCGCUUCCACUGCAGGAAGCCAAGGAGCCAGGAUCUGCGCCCCAGGGCCCAGCAGGAGCCGCCAACCACCGUGGCAGCUGAGGGGCCUCCCGCCGGCCCCAGCCUGGCUCCGGAGGAAACUCCCGCCGGCCCCAGCCUGGCCAGAGCAGGAGUUCAGUGA